AGCCGUAGGAGUGGGCAUUUGGGGCCGGACCCACUGCGUGGGCGCUUGGGCUUGCAGGGCCGGAUUCGGAGGCUGCUGGGGCCCCAUGGGGCGGCUCCACGGAUCGCCGGGGCGGAUUCUCUUUUGGGCAGUGGCCUGGCUGGUUCCGGGGGCAGAUAGGGUCUCGGCGCCUUGCGGAGGGCCUCCCCUUGCUCUGCCCCGGGCUCUUCCCUUACCUCUAGGCUCCAUGCUUCCUUAGUUCUGGCGAAAGAAGAGUUAACCGUUGAAUCGUUCGAAUGACAAGAUUUGGAAGGUUUUACGUUAUAUUAUGAGGCUUGGGUGUUAAAUUAGUACAUUAGAAAAGCUUAUGUUGCAUAAAAGUAAUGUUAAAGUAAUGGAAUGUGUCAGCAAAAACUAUGAUUGUUUACCCAAACGUGAAUGUAAUUAAAUUUGCAAAGUUGCAAGUUGCAAAACGUACCAAGUCAAAAUGGUGGAUUUUACUAUACUAAACCUAAAAAGCGUUCUUUUUCUUUGUUCUUCAGCAAACCCGAUCAAAGUGGACAAUCGCCGGCGGAGUCUUCGAUAAAAAUGAACGAAAAACGGAAGGAAAUAAAAGCGAAAAAAGCCGCUCAACACCAACGCCAACCUGCUGAACUACGCUUUUUUGCAUGGAAAAUCGGAACGAAAAAUCUACUUUUCCUUUUCUAUGGCAGUUUGAUUUGACAAUUGACAGUUUGACACGUUACCAACUUAACUUAACAUCGUACAGUAUCGUUAAACGCCGAAGAGAAUUCGCGGCGUUGCCAUAUUUACAUUUAAUCCUGAAAAAGUUUUUGUUAGGGAUUCUGAUCGGUUUGUGUAAAGAAAUUAAUCGAGUCUAUUUUUUUAUAAAAUCGAAAGUUAUUAUUUUUAGAUUCCUUAUUAAAAUAGAGAAAUGAUGAAUUUGUGUACUUGUUCAUAUUACGAACUUUUUAAUAGUUUAUUUAAUAGAACGUCUACAGAUAAGUGCAAAUAAGUACUCAAUAUACUCUAUGCAACUGGGUGCAACAAAUAUAACUUCCAUUAGAUACUUAUAAAGAAAAAAGAGAUUACAACUCUUUCACUCUAGCUAGUGUUAUGUUUCAAUAAUUUUUCUUUGUUCAACUCAUACAAUUGACCAUAUAAUAUACAUAUUUAACCAUAUUUUCCAACUGUUAUAUUGGAAACUUUUACAGCACUUAUGUGUAUAUCAAAAUUACCUUGGAAACCAUCUGUAGAAUGCAAAUAGCCAAAGCACACAAUCGACAAUAGUACAUACUAAUUAAGCGACAUCAUUAGCUAACGCAACAACAAUAAAACACGGUUAAUUUAAUACAACUCCAUUAAUAUUCGACCCUUGAUCCAACUCCAAGCGUUCCGAUAUUAACAAUCUCGUCCUAAUUACAACUCCCCUCGUAUAAAUAAUCCAAUGCGACCAUCAGCAAAUCGAGCGGUCACACCAACUUGUUACAAGAGAAAGUUUACACGAAUCGCCCGAAAUUAAUCUACCAGACUAGCAGUACUUUAGUAUAGCGGGUACCACGAGAACCAAAGAAAAAAACUUUAAAAUGAAAUCUUUAAUCGCCUCAUUGGUCCACGGAAUCGAGUGUUACUAGGUGAAAAAAAAACCAACGUUAAAUUUUCGGAUCAAAGCGCAUUUCGUUUGCGUCACGGCACGAGGUACCGAAUGAAAAGUAUUACUGUUCUACCUGUCGGUCGUACCUGUUGAAUAAUAAAUUCGUCACACAACAAAUUAUAAUAAAUACGUUUGCUCGUCGGUAGCCAAAACGAAAAGAAACGCGUGCGAGAGACUAGAACCUUGAGUGGCUAGUAUAAGUGCAAAUCGUCCACAACAAACUGUGAUAUAUUUCCCAAAAUUAUUAUAAAAAAAAUAAUAAUAAUAAAACAUCGUAAUUUUAUACGCGUUAAAUUACCUGUUUGUUCUAAUUGGGUGUACUCCGCCAGGCGAUAGAUAAGAUAACGUAGAUAAUAUGACACUGUGUAGUUCGAUAUACCCGAAGUGAAUCACCUUAUUCGAACGCGCCCGCGGAUCGCCGUGUGAUAUUCGUGCAGGUGUUUUCGGCGAAAUAUGUGGAAAUAUAAAAAGUGCCUUCGAAACAAUCUUCGUUAAAAGAUGCCCUCGGGCGGUAGAAGGACCGUCGAAAACGGGAGCCUCGCUCUCGACAGCGUCGUGACCACGCAACCCGAGCUGGGGCCCAGCAUACCGGACGGCGGAUACGGCUGGCUCGUUUUUCUCGCUACCUUAUUCUUUCAGGCUUUAAUACCGAGCCUGACAGUGAGCUUCGGAAUAUUUUUGGCAUUCUCAAGAUUGACUCAAAUAACAAAAAGUGAUAUCGACCCGACAUUAUGGGACGACGAUUUUAUGUAUGCACCCUUAUUAUUUAUUACUUCUUGGACAAUAUUCGAUCCUACUUCACGAUCUCUGAUCUCCACUAGCACGUGGCCAAGACUCGUAGCAACUGCAGGUACUUGCCUAACAUGCGCAGGUCUCCUGUUCCUGUGGAUGGGCCUAACGGAAUAUGGAGGUGGAAUUUUGUUUUCCCUCGCCGGAAUCGCUUGCGGUGUUGGAGCAUCGAUCCAAACCUCCCAAUGCGAAAUACUGCUGGCCCAAUACUUCCGAAUGAAGCACGGAAUCCUAGUCAACAUCAGCCAGGCCGUGACGGCCCUGGGCUUCGUCGUGACCCCCAUGGUUCUGGGGCACUGCAUCCUCGGCACGAACCUGUUCAACGUGCUCCUGUGGUACCAAGCGGUCAUCCUGCAGGGAUUGAUCUGCAAUUUGGUCUUCAAGAAGCCCGUCUAUUUGAAAUCCAAGCACGGCAACAACUACAAUUUCGUAUCUUCGAAUCCUGACGAUGAAGAGGACAUCCUCUCCAAGAACGCCAGGGAGCUGCAGAUUAAAAGACAGAACAGCACGGGCAGCGAUGUGACCAUAGAGAAGCACAAAAUAUCCACCUCGGCUGAGCAGAAAACUGAUACCGCCGGUACCAGCAACGGUUCGCUCAGAAAUUGGGUGUCCUUCAGCGAAGAGGAAGCCGCCGGUAGCAAAAAGUACGACGUCCUGCAAGAGGACUGGGAGACAUUCGACGAGGAAGAUGUCGAGCACGAACCAAAGACCAAAGACUGGGUGAAAUUCGACGACGAACCCAAACCGGUCGCCAAAAAUUUGCAACUGGAACUGUCGUUCGCCGAAGAAAGAGACCGCGCAAAUCCCGUUACUAUUUCAGGUAUAACGAACACUCCGAUGCCCCUUUUCACCGACUCUCCAGUCAACAACAACAACACGUACUCCUACGAUAUGCUCGAGCAAGACGUCGUACCGUCCGGACCGGCCGUUUUCAUGCCCACCACCAUCGAGAAGUACUCCAUCAGUCGAUUGGACAUCCUCAAGCAACCCACCUUCUACAAAUCCCUGUUGACCGUCUUGACCACCAAAUUCUCCGCGUUCGUCUACUACAUUCUGUUCCCGUUGUACUACUACCAGGAGAUGCCCGACGCCACCAUGCGGGACAUGUCGACGCUCGUCGGGUACGUCGCCAUCGGCAGUUUCCUCUUCUCCGGGGUGUCCCAUUGGAUAAACAUCGAUAAGAAGAGGCGGCCCGUUUGCCUGUGGGUUCUAUGCUGGACCGGGGCCUUCGGGUAUUUCAUGAUAGCAGAUUCCAGGACGAAGCAAGUGCUGAUAUGCGGGGCCAUCCAGGUGGUUUUGAGCAUAUCAUCGCUGCAAUACAUCGGCACGCCACUGUUGGGAUUGACCGUAAGGGGGGAAACGAACAAGGAGUUUUGCUUGAUAAGCGUGAUGAGCGGCUGCGCUUUCGUUUUCUUCGUCAUCAUCAAUGCUUCGUUCAAGAACUGCUUCAGGAUGAUGUCCAUACUUCACUUUCUAACGGGGGCGGUGUGGUUCGGAAAUUACGUAUAUAAGAGGAGAGCUACUUAAACUUAUACAUACAUAUAUUUAACUGUUAAUUUUUAUUUUGUAAAUACACUUUACCGAAAGAUGUUGGGAUGUUUUGGGUUAUUUCAAACCUGCCAGUACGUCCCAAAUUGGCUUUUCCUUGGGUUUCAUUACGUUAGAGGCUUCGUUAUCAGGGGAUACUGUUAUGUCUGGUUUUGCGCUUGAUGUUUCUUCUUUAAUAGAAUUAUUUACA